AUGGAAAUUGAGGAAGAGGAGAGGAAGCCCAUCCUUGUCGAUGGUGUGGCGAUUCCCCCCUCAAUGCGUUUCGACAAGGGGCAUCCUUUGACGUUGUUCUCGCAACGGAUGCCAGCCGUCGACUGGUUCGAACGAAAUGAGGCGCAUGCGCGAGAGCUAGGGAUAUGGAUUGAGGAGCCGCCCGUCAGCGGUACAUCUGAAUCGCGAGCCUCUCUUGCUACUCACGAGCGACCUCUUACCCCUGGGAAUGUCUCCGACUCGUCGGGCGAUGUCCCAUUGCAUCAACAAACCAAGAGAGCGGUGAGGAGCCACGGAGGACGUCCCACAAAGGCCUCAACCAUAGGCCGCCCAGUAUACCUGUCAACUGAUGCGCGAGAAGAAUCUAUACCCGUCGAGUGGGAGGUAGGGAUGUCUGGGCGCAAGCGCAAGCGCCGAGUUUCGGCAACGCCAAUGACCGACCCUGACGAGGGCUACGUGAGCUGGGCGUCCGAAAGCGAGGCCGACUCAGACUACAAGUCCGGCAAGGCGAAGCCCGCGCGCCCAAAGGGACAUACUGCUCCUAAGCCCAAGCCCAAACCAAAGGCACAAUCCUCGCCCCGCAAGCGGACGCGCACCACCAAGCACCAGACCCCCGCCGGCACCUUCCGCCGCGGGCGCCCGCCCAAGCACGAGCAGCCCAUCCCGUCCACAUCCGCCUUCGCCGGCUUCGAGGAGCUCCCGGACGAGCUCAAGAUCGAGCCCGCCGAGCUCGCGCCGCCCAUGACCGACACGCGCUGCCCGCACUGCAACGCGAAGUUCGGGCGGCCGGCGGACGUGCGCCGGCACGUCGCGUACAUCUGCCCGGCGCUGCAGGGGAAGCGGUCGUUGAAGGACUGCACGUGCAGUCGGUGUGGCGCGGUGAUGGCGCGGCCGGAUGCACUGGAGCGGCACCAUAAGAGCGCGUUCGAUUGUGUGGACGGGACCCCGAGGACGGUGUGGCCCAUGGGGAGGCCGGAGCCGAGGUCGUUCCCGAAGCUGGGGACGAGGCGCCGUAGGAGGUCAGGCGGGAGUGCGAAGUGA